CGCCGCCGGGCGGAAGUGCCCCGCGGGACGGCUGACGGGUCCAUCAUGGCGGCCGCGGCCGCCUCCCCGGCUCUGAAGCGGCUGGACCUGCGCGACCCCGCGGUGCUUUUCGAGACCCAUGGAGCGGAGGAGAUUCGCGGGCUGGAGCGCCAGGUUCGGGCCGAGAUCGAGCACAAGAAGGAGGAGCUGCGGCAGAUGGUGGGCGAGCGGUACCGCGACCUGAUCGAGGCGGCCGACACCAUCGGGCAGAUGCGCCGCUGCGCCGAGGGGCUGGUGGGCGCGGUGAAGGCCACCGACCAGUACUGCGCCCGCCUCCGCCAGGCCGGCUCGGCCGCGCCCCGGCCGCCGCGGGACCCGCAGCCACAGCAGCCAGCCCAGGAGAAGUUCUACAGCAUGGCUGCCCAGAUCAAGCUGCUCCUAGAAAUCCCAGAGAAGAUCUGGAGCUCCAUGGAGGCCUCCCAGUAUCUCCGCGCCACGCAGCUCUACCUGCUCUGCUGCCACCUGCACAAGCUGCUCCAGCUGGAUUCUUCUAGUUCCCGAUACAGCCCCGUCCUCUCCCGAUUCCCUAUCCUCGUCCGGCAGGUGGCCGCGGCCAGCCACUUCCGGUCGACCAUCCUGCACGAGAGCAAGGCGCUGCUCAGAUGCCCGGCAGUGUCCGACCAAGCCGUGGCCGAGGCUCUGUGCUCCGUGAUGCUCUUGGAGGAGAGCUCUCCGCGCCAAGCGCUAGCAGACUUCCUGUUGGCGAGAAAGGCGGCGAUUCAGAAACUGCUCAACCAGCCGCACCACGGUGCUGGUGUCAAGGCUCAGAUUUGCUCAUUAGUGGAGCUGCUGGCCACCACUCUGAACCAGGCCCAUGCUCUUUUCUACACUUUACCGGAAGGUGUGCUGCCAGACCCAUCCCUGCCGUGUGGCUUGCUCUUCUCUACUCUGGACAGCAUCACAGGCCAGCAUCCUGCCGGGAAGGGCCCUGGUGUCCUGCAGGAGGAGAUGAGGCUGUGCAGCUGGUUCAGACACCUGCCCACCUCCGUCGUCCAGUUCCAGCCGGCGCUCCGAACCCUCGCGCAUCCCAUCAGCCAGGAGUACCUGAAAGACACGCUGCAGAAGUGGAUCCACAUGUGUAAUGAAGACAUUAAAACCGGGAUCAGCCACCUGCUUGUGUACGUGACGAGCAUGAAAGGCCUGGCGGUGAUCCGCGAUGCCACGUGGGAGCUACUGGCCGACGAGUCGAUCCUGCACAGCUGGGAUGUGACCUGCCGGCGGCUUCUGGACCAGCCGCUCUUGUUGUGGGAGGACUUGAUGCGGCAGCUGUUCCUUGACCGCCUGCAGACUCUGACAAAAGAAGGCUUUGACGCCAUCGCCAGUAGUUCCAAAGAGCUCCUCAUCUCGGCCUUGCAGGAACUCGAGAGCAGCACCGGCAGCUCCACUCCAAAUAAACACAUCCACUUUGAGCAUAACAUGUCUCUUUUCCUCUGGUCCGAGAGUCCCAGCGACCUGCCUCCCGAUGCCGCCUGGGUCAGCGUGUCAAACCGGGCUCAGUUCCCAGGCAGCGGGCUCUCCAUGAAGGCCCAGGCCGUUAGCCCUUGUGUGCAGCACUUCUGUUCUGCCCUAGAUUCGAAACUGCAAGUGAAACUGGAGGACCUCCGGGCUUACCUUCCCACUGGCGACCUGUCACCGCCCAAGGACGCCUCCCCCGUGCAAGCGAAGAACUGUGCCUUUGACAGGUACGCAGACACGGGGACUGUGCAGGAGAUGCUGCGGCUGCAGUCCACGGCCUGCAUCAAGCACAUCACGGACUGCGUCCAGGCGCAGCUGCGGCGCAUCGAGCAGGCUCUCCAAGGGCAGCAGGACAUCCUCAGCGGGGUCAAGCUACACGCGGUGCUCUUCAUGGCCAGACUCUGCCAGUCACUGGGGGAACUGUGUCCCCACCUGAAGCAGUGCAUCUUGGGAAAAUCAGGGAGCACCGAGAAGCCAGCAAGGGAUUCUAGGGCCCUGAAGAAACAGGGGAAGGGGAAAACUCAGGAGAUAAUCCCCACGCAGGCCAAGUGGCAGGAAGUGAAGGAGCUGCUCCUGCAGCAGAGCAUAACAGGCUACCGGGUCUGGAGCGCGGCAGUGGUGCAAGUUUUGGCUCAGGGGUUCACCAAGUCACUGCUUUUAGACGAUGCUGGCUCCGUCCUGGCUGCGGCCACCGGUUGGGAUGAACUAGAAAUCCAGGAGGAGGCAGAGUCUGGCAGCAGCGUCACGUCCAAGAUCCAGCUCCCUGUGCAGCCGUCCUGGUAUGUGCAGUCCUUCCUGUUUGGCUUAUGCCAGGAAAUUAAUCGGGUUGGAGGCCAUGCCUUGCCAAAGGUGACACUGCAGGAGAUGCUGAGAAGCUGUCUGGCUCAGGUAGUAGCUGCCUAUGAGAAACUCCCAGGACAGAAGCAGGUGAAGAAAGAAGGUGCAUUUCCAAUGACCCAGAACCGGGCACUGCAGCUGCUUUACGACCUGCGCUAUCUCAGCAUCGUCCUGACAGCCAAGGGUGAGGAGAUGAAAACUGGCCGUGGCAAACAGGACUCCAGAGUUGAGAAAGUGGCUGACUACCUGGAAGCGCUCAUUGACCCAUUCGACCUGGACGUUUUCACGCCGCACCUCCACAGCAACCUCAACCGCCUGGUGCAGCAGACUUCUGUUCUCUUUGGGUUGGUGACGGGCGCAGAGAAUCAGUUCACCCCCCGGAGCAGCACGUUCAACUCCCAGGAAGCCCAUAACAUCCUGCCCCUGGCGUCAAGUCAGAUCAGGUUUGGACUUCUGCCACUGAGCAUGACAAGCACUCGGAAGGCCAAACCAGCCGGCAGAAGCAUCGAGACCAGAGCCCAGCAGCAGGCGGUCCCCCCGGCGCUGCCCCGAGCAGAGGACACGAGGCAUGCGGACUCCUUGUUCAGACAGCUCGUCGCGGAGGAGGAAGACUCGUCUGCGCCUUCGCUGUUCAAACUUGGGUGGCUCUCCAGCAUGACCAAGUGACACGGGACGGUCCAUCUCUAAAUAAAUACUCCUGCGUUGUCUCCUCUAGAAGUGCCUCUGCGCGUUUGUUUCUAAGCCACGCCAGUUUGCAGUUGCCGCGGUGGAAUGUGGCCCCCGGUUCCUGCUGGGGGCUACUGUAAGUGUAAAGUGUCCUUGUCCAGUAGUUGCACAGCACUUGUGACUUCAGACAUCAGUUCAGAGAGCUUACACAGUGUCAGCCUUCACCAGCGCCUCAAUUCUCGACGCUGUAAGGUGGGAGUAUGGGAGCUCACACGAGCUGCUGCUGGACAAGUGACUAAGACAAUGAGUCAUUUACGUAUUCCUUGCCUGUCCCAACCGAGCAGUGUUUUUUCUAAGUCUGAGAUGUAGGCUCUGGAGGAGUAACGGUAACAAGUUACCUGGGUAUCCAAGGGUCUGAAUGACCUUCUCUCUGGAAAUGCAAAUAUACAACAGAGAGAAAAGAUGGUUAUCAGGGCGGGCGCUGACUCCCACGGUCUGACUGCAGUCUGACUGCUCUCCUGUCACAGAGGACAGAGUACUUCCAACAGGACAU